GUGGCAUCUGGCCCAAAGGGGUUGUCACAUCAUCAAAGCACUAGCUACACACUGCGUCGCAGUGUCAGUGAGGGGCACUAAUAACACGUGCGUUCUUGUGCUUCUUGGCAGCACUCACCACCCUCAGUGACUGACCAUCGUCGCCAUGUGGCUGGAGCUGUUCCUUUUCGCCCUCUUGGUGCUGCUUCUGCGGUACUACUUCACCAGGCCCUCGGGCAUGCCUCCAGGUCCGAUGGUGAUCCCUUACGUCGGGAACUUGUUAUUCCCUAGCAUUCCUAUGGUCGAGAAAUUCCAGAAGAAAUAUGGCGACAUGUUCAAGACUGAAUUGGGACCCAACAAAUUUAUCUUCAUAUGCAACUACAAGCUCAUCAAGGAAGCUAUGUCAAGGGUUGAACUAUCGGAUCGUCCCCAUUUUGAUUUGGGUUUAAUAAUAUCUGAAGGAGUUCCAGCAGGUGUCAUCAUGACUAAUGGCAAACACUGGCAAAAUGCUCGAAGGUUUCUGCUGCGUAACCUGCGUGAUCUCGGGAUGGGCAAGACCUACCUAGAGGACGCCAUUCAGCGAGAGGCACAGUUGCUGGUGGAGGAUUUCAAGAAACACUCCGGGUCUCCCACGCUCUUUCCCAAAUCCCUCAAUGUCGCUGUCCUUAAUGUUGUGUGGCAGAUGGUUGCAAGCACGAGAUAUGACAUGGACGACGAGAGGGUUUUGUCAGUCAUCAAGAUAAUAAGGUCAUUCGAAGCUACGACUGCACUAAUAAUUUUGGAGUUCAUUCCAUUCAUCAAGAAGAUCAUUCCAGACUUUAUAAAGAACAGAAUCUCGGCAUACAAGACAAUGGCGAACAUGAGAAAAGAAGCGAAGACACUCAUACAGGAAUUGAAGGCAGCACACCGCGCCCAGCUGGACCCUGACAACCCAAGAGACGUGAUCGACGAGUACCUCAUCGCCAUGGACAAUAAGAGUGACAUUGCUGAAUACUUUAGUGAAUUGGACUUAGUAUGUGUGACUUUCGACCUGUUUAAUGCCGGGUUCGACACCACCUCCAAUAUGCUGCGCUGGCUUAUCCUCUACAUGAUCAAAUACCCCGAGGUGCAGCGGCGCGUCCAGGAGCAGAUUGACGCGGUGGUGCCCCGAGACACCUUGCCCUCCUAUCAACACAAACCCAACCUGCCCCUGGUGGAGGCCAUGAUACACGAGGCUCUGCGCUUCUCCUCCAUGGCAGCCCUAGGCAUUGAGCGCUCCCCAAACAGAGACAUUCAAGUAGGGGGCUACCUAAUCCCCAAGGGAAGCUUUGUGUUCCCCGUCAGCAUCUGCUGCCACUACGACCCUCAGUACUGGGAACACCCCGACCAGUUCAGGCUGGAGCACUUUCUGGACGAGCAGGGCAACUUUGCAUCCAAGAAAGAAGGUUUUCUGCCCUUCGGCACAGGACGCAGGAGCUGCUUGGGCGAAUCUCUGGCCAGGAUGGAAGUGUUCCUCUUCGCCUCAGCUCUGCUCCAGAACUUCACCUUUUCUGCCCCUGAGGGUUGCGAGGUGAACCUCAAAGUAAACUCCAGAUUGCCAACAAUACGCAUGCCUACCGACCAAAACAUUGUCAUCACUCCAAGAACAAAAGAAGAAUGAUUGAGGUCACUCCUGUGGACUCUCUUAGAGGCUCGAGUAGGAGGCGCCUCCGGCCUGCUGCUCCCAUCACCGAUUUCGUAAUCGUAGCUUUAUCGCUUGAUGACCAGCUUUACUUUACCUCAUGAUCCUGGCAAGGUUAGAGUAACUCUACUGAGAAAGCAUUCCGUGAACUGUAUUGCAAUGCAUUACGCGAUGUCAGAAGGUCCUCAAGAGAAUAAUAAAAUACCAAAAAACAAAAAAAAAGGUACUGUACAUGCUGAAAAAUAUAGAAAAUAGGCAAGAUGAGGCAUGUGGUCACAGUUUUGCUUCUGACCUGCCGUAUUCAA